CUUCUUUUUUUUUUUUCUUUUCUUUUUCCCUUUUCUACAAUUUUGGUGUGUUCUGAAGCUUCCCAAUUUGGCAUUGGCAACAACAACAGAAAGCAAAAUUUGGAACUGGGCAUGACAUGAAGGUAGCAUGUUUCUGCACCCCAGAUAUUAAUUAUGUUUAUUUUGGUACCCAAAGACCAAAAUUUGGUUCAAAAGAAGCACUUUUCUAUCUCCAAAGGUGCUCAAAUUUCAAGCAUCUCAGGCAAGUUCAUGGAAGAAUAAUCCGUUAUGGCCUCACACAUGAUCAAUUACUCAUUAGGAACCUCAUUCAAAUUUCUUCCUCUUAUGGCAAAUUGAACUAUGCCAAAUUGGUUUUUGAGCAACUCAAUUCCCCAGAUACCUUCACUUGGAAUGUGAUGAUUAGAGCAUACACUAGGUUUGGUUCCCCUGAAAAAGCUCUUAUUUUGUUCACUAUUAUGGUGUCAAAGGGCAUUGAACUUGACAAGUUCACAUACCCUUUUGUGAUUAAUGCUUGCAUUGCUUCUUCAGCAACUGAUUUUGGAAAAGUUGUGCAAGCUUUAGCAAUCAAAAUGGGGUUUUGGAAUGACACCUAUGUGCAGAACACUAUGAUGAAUCUUUACUUCAAAUGUGAGGAUGCUGAUAAUGGACACAAGGUGUUCGAUAAAAUGCGCGUGCAGGAGGUUGUUUCUUGGACCACGGCGAUUGGAGGUCUAGUUGCUUGCGGACGACUCGAGGCUGCUCGGAGAUUGUUUGAGGAAAUGCCUUCUAAGAAUGUUGUUUCGUGGACGGCGAUGAUUGAUGGGUAUGUGAGACACCAGCAGCCAAUGGAGGCCUUUGACUUGUUUGAAAGAAUGCGACUUGAUGGUGUGCAGCCCAACGAGUUCACCCUUGUGAGCUUGAUCAAGGCUUGUGCUGAAAUGGGUAGCCUCAAAUUGGGUAAAUGGAUUCAUGAUUAUGCUUUCAACAAUGACUUCAAACUUGAUCCUUUCUUGGGUACUGCUCUUAUAGACAUGUACAGCAAAUGUGGCAGUUUAGAUGAUGCAAGGCAAGUUUUCGAUACCAUGGAGGCCAAGAACUUAGCCACGUGGAACACAAUGAUCACUAGCUUGGGUGUGCAUGGAUUGAGGAAUGAAGCAUUGGAACUUUUUGAGGAAAUGUUGAAUAAUAAGUCAAAUGAAGUUCCUGAUGCUAUCACAUUUGUUGGUGUUCUGAAUGCAUGCCUUCAAUUGAAUGAUCUUGAACAAGGUCAGAAGUAUUUCAAUCUCAUGACACAACAUUAUGGUAUAACACCUUUGUUGGAGCAUUAUGCAUGCAUGGUUCAACUCUAUAGAAAUGCUAAUGUGCUGGAUGAUAUUUACACAUUGGAUAAGACAAUAUCAGUGGAGAAAACAAACAACUAUGUUGCAGAGUUUCUCCAAGAGAACAAGAUCAUUGGUGUUGAUGACAUAGAGGAACUCCUGCAGAAGCAUUACAGGUACUUGAAUUGCUUAGAAGAACAAGUUGUAGAUAAUUUCUCCUCAAGUUCUUCACCUUAAUUCCCAAGCUUCAAGUAGCUUGACAAGUACAUAUGGUUCAUGAAUUUUUACUCUUCGGAUAUGCAUAGGAGUACCAGAGAAAAUAUAUUCUAAUUUAACAAUUUUUUAAGAUAGGAAAAUGAAAUGCUAGAUUAUAGAAUUCUGUAUCAUCACUUUUAGCUUUGUGAAUAAUGUAUUUGUAUUACACCGUGUAUUUAAAAUUGAAUAAAUAAAAGAAACACUCGUUUGGUCUC